CGUAGAAAUGGCCUUGGUCUCUUUACCCACCAUCAAAUACAGCAGUAGAUUUAUCUCGCAUUCCCCACAUUCCCUUCCUUACAUCUCUCUACCAAGCAAAUUACAAAACCUUCCUCUUAGAGAACCACAAAAGAAGGCUUAUGUUCCUAGUAAUUCUCACUCUCCAAUUUCACACCAAGCUUUGAUUUACAGCAGCUUCUCUUCGAGACACACACGCUUAGCACUAGUGCCAAUUAAUGCUAAAAACUCAGGAUCAGGAGAGGAAGAUCAUUCUGAUGCUAAAAGAUCAGGAUCAGGAGAGGAAGAUCAUUCUGAUGGUAAACAUUCAGGAUCAGGAGAGGAAGAUCAUCUUGAUGCUAGACACUCAGGAUCAAGAGAGGAAGAUCAUCGAGCUCUGGAGACUGUUAACAAGUUUUACGCCGCAAUCAAGAACAAAAACAUUAAUCAGUUAUCUGAUAUAAUUGGAGAUGAAUGCAGAUGCAUCUGUAAUUUCUCCUCUUUUUUCCAAUCCUAUGAUGGGAAAAUGCAAGUGUUGGAUUUUCUCUCUAAUCUGAUUAAAAGCUUUGGAAAUAAUUUUGAAUUUAUUGUAAAACCGACAUUGCAUGAUGGUAUGCAUGUUGGCGUUUCAUGGAGGAUAGAAUGCAAGAAUAUUCGUGUGCCUCUAGGAAAGGGUUUCAGCUUCCAUAUUAUGCAGUACUACCAGGGAAAGCUGUAUUUAAGAAAUGUGGAGAUGUUCAUGGAACCGCUUCUUCAUAUUGAACCUGUUAGACUGAAAUUGAUUGCGUUUGUGAUGAAACUAAUAGACAAGAUGGAUAUUCACAUAGGAUCCAAGAGUAAAGGCAAGAGAGUCGUGUAUUUUUUACUCGCUAUGUUCCUCAUUUUUGCCUGGGUGUACUUGUUUAAACUCAUUUUGAAUUAGCCUCAAGGCAUGGACCACAAUGACAUGUAAUUUAAAUCCACGAUCUACAUAGAAAAAAGCAAGGUCCCUCAUGGCAAUAUGGGACAAAUUCGAUAAAGAGGGUGUGGGGGUCGGGAACCAUUGCAGAGUCGCAAUUAUCCUGUGCCUCUCUCUCUCUCUCUCUCUCAUACUAUUUUACAGAAGUGGUUGCCACUUUAAAAAG